AAUUAGUAAUCGUUAUCGUUCAAAAAUAAGCACAUGUACAUUGUCUGCUUCUUUGUUUAUCAAUACAAAGUAAUUAGUUCUGCUAUCGGCGAACGAUGUUUUUUACUAAUGUAAGUCAUUUCCCAAAAAUUAAUGAUGAGGAAAAAAUUCCUUUAGUUCCAUUUCUCGAAGCAUCAAAAGGAAUUGUACAAUUUGUUGAAAUUUUAGGAACUGUAUUCACACCAGUUAAGCAGGAUAUUAAUGGAAACAUAGAGAAAUUGUAUAAGAUUCAUCAAUCUGAUAAAACAAAAUUUGAAACCAUAAAUGAUGUUAUUGCAUAUGAACUUGAAGAAACUAACAAAGUUGGUAUUGAUGCUUUGUUAUGGCUGAAAAGAGCUUUAGAAUAUGUUCAAAUUCUCAUUACCUGCCUUAUUGACGAUACCAAAGAUGGAUCCUGUGCAGAAGAUCUUACGCCUUUUUUUAAUAAAGCAUAUGAAGAAAAAUUGAAGCCUUAUCAUGGAUGGUUCGUUCAAAAACUAUUUGGGCUCAUAGUUUAUGCCGCCCCUGGAAGAAAGUCAUUAUUACUUCUGCUGAACGACAAUAAAGAAAUUUCUGAUGAAGAAAUAAUGAAAGAAGCUGAAAGUUAUGUCAAUCAACUGAGUCAUAAUAUUGAAAUAAUCAACAGGCUUUAUACAACUCACAAUCUACAUUCAAAUGAAAAAGUUUGAUUCUCAAAUCACUAUUGUUGUUAAUUAUAGUAAUUUGUACAUAUAUGUUUCUAAAUAUUAAGAGACAUUUAAUUUGUAUUAUUUUUCAUACUCUUCGUAUAUAUAAUAUGAAGUUAACUUUGCUCACUGCACAAUCGCUUUUAUGAUUGAAUGAUAAGAAAUAAAUCAAUUUUAUUUAUUAGA